AUGAUUCAAUUUGUUCUCUUAAUAAGUCGACAAGGAAAGGUUAGACUGACAAAAUGGUAUUCACCCUAUUCCCAAAAGGAACGAAGUAAGGUUAUAAGAGAGCUCAGCGGGAUGAUUCUCACACGUGGUCCCAAGCUUUGCAAUUUUGUUGAGUGGAAGGGAUUUAAAGUUGUUUAUAAAAGAUAUGCAAGCCUCUACUUUUGUAUGUGUGUUAACCAGGAAGACAAUGAAUUGGAGAUUCUUGAAAUCAUUCAUCAUUUUGUUGAGAUUCUUGAUCGUUACUUUGGAAGUGUUUGUGAGCUGGAUUUGAUCUUUAAUUUUCAUAAGGCGUACUACAUACUGGAUGAAGUUUUAAUAGCAGGAGAACUUCAAGAAUCAAGCAAAAAGACAGUUUCCCGUUUAGUUUCUGCACAGGAUUCUUUAGUGGAGGCAGUGAAAGAAGAAACAAAUUCUAUAAGCAAUAUAAUUGCACAGGCAACCAAGUAAACUCCAACUUCAUUUUUUUUGGGGUUCUCCUAUAUACAUGAAUUAAUUCGUGUAUUAAACUCAAAUCAGUAAACAAUCAUUAGAGUAAUGAAUUCAUUACUGCACAAUCGAUCAUAUACACUUGUCACUUUCAUAAUUUCUAUUUAUUUUUAUUUUUUUUCAUUUUGUUCCCUUUAAACUAGUUGAAU